AUCUUACCUCUCUGUUAUCACACGACGCUGAGAAAAGCUUGGCUCACAAACGUGCGAUUUUGUCGCUGUUCUGUUACAAAAAAACUAAUUAACACGGAAUAAACAGGCGGAUACAAGGAGCGCAAUCAUGACAAUCAAACACUGUGAUUACAGUCAGCACUACCGGCCUCGAAUGGCAUGUCUGAAAAAGAUUGAAGCUCUCGUCAUGGAGAUGCAAGAUCCUAAUGCAGGAAUCAAAAUGCAGACCCAAAGGCUUGUUAUCACUGCCAUUCCUCAUGCCAUGACAGGUUCUGACAUCUUGGCUUGGCUUAUGAACCGUUUACAAAUCUCGGAUGAAGAGGCUCAAAACCUUGGCAAUCAGGUGGUCCAGCAUGGCUAUAUUUAUCCUCUGCAAGAGCCAAAGAAUCUCCUUCUCCGUCCAGAUGGCAGUCUCUACCGGUUUCAGACUCCUUACUUUUGGCCAACACAACACUGGCCAGCUGAAGAGACAGACUAUGCAAUUUACCUUGCAAAGAAAAACAUUCGGAAGAAAGGAAUAUUGGAAGAUUAUGAAAAGGAAAAUUAUAAUGCACUGAAUAAGAAAAUAAACCACAAGUGGGAUUUUAUCGUUAUGCAGGCAAAAGAGCAGUACAGGGCAGGAAAAGAACGUAAGAAGGGUGACCGAUUUGUCUUUGAGUGCCAAGAAAGAGCAUAUUGGUUAGUGCAUAGACCACCACCUGGAGUUCCUGAUGUGCUUGACUAUGGGCUGAACCGCUUCACAGAUCCAAACAUUGUUCAGAAAAAGAGCUCUGAUUUCUACAGAAGAGAGAUUAUCUUCAACCAGCAGUCCCUGAUGAGGUCAAGGGUCAAGUCGUCAGUCUCCCUGGGAGGGAUUGUAAAAUAUAGUGAACAGUAUUUAAAGCACGACCCCAUCAUGUCUGGUUGCCUGCCCAGCAAUCCCUGGCUAACUGAUGACACAAAGUUCUGGGAGCUGAAUAUGCCACUGGUGGAGACCCCAACAAAGCUUCGUGUGGAACGCUGGACAUUUAACUUCAGAGAGUUGAUUAGAGAUCCCAGAGGUCGUCAAGACUUCCAGCUAUUCUUAAGGAAAGAGUUCAGUGGUGAAAACCUAGGAUUCUGGGAAGCUUGUGAAGAUUUAAAAUAUGGCGACCAGUCAAAAGUGAAGGAAAAAGCCGAAGAAGUGUACAAAACCUUCCUUGCUCCGGGGGCCAGGCGGUGGAUUAACAUUGAUGGGAAGACCAUGGACAUCACUGUGAAGGGCUUGCAGAACCCCCAUCGCUAUGUACUUGAUGCCGCCCAGACUCAUAUUUACAUGCUAAUGAAAAAGGAUUCCUAUGGACGUUAUAUGAAGUCACCGAUCUUCAAAGAAACUAUGAACAAGGCUAUUGUCCCAGAAGUAACAAAAGUAAAUGAAAGCAAGUUCACCUUCAGCAAGCGCUAUUGGAAGUCCAGUCCCAGCCCAGUCAUCUUGAGGCAGCAGGAAGAAGAGGCCAAAGCCAAGGCAGCAACCAAUGCACCCAUGGACAUCACACAGCUGUGUAAAUACACGGCCCCUGUCUCCCACCUGGCUGUGUACACUGGCAUCUGUGAACCCACCUCUCCGACCAGCCCCACCCUCUGUGAAUUUCCUCCCUCUUCCCCAGGCCUUGUGACACUUCCCAACAGUGCUGCCUGCCCAUCGCCGAUCAGCGUGGCCAUCGAGAGUACCCCAUCCUCCAAAAGGAAACUAGAAGCUAGUAACAGCGUGGCCUCAACUCACAUCCCGUCCAUUGCAGAGGCCACAGAGGUGUCAGUCAGCUCCAACUCCAGCACGACUGCGGUUGAGGAGGCCCGGCAGCCCUUGCAGAAAUCACGGAUGGCUCUCUCGUUCAGCCGCUUCCUGAAACGUGGCUGCUCCAACUCACCUGUCUUUGCCACCCUAUCACCCAAGUGCCCUUCUGUCAACAGCAGCAGAGUUCAGCCUUUGGAUGGCGACCAACAACAGGUUACACAGACCAAAUCAAAGAAGAUAACCAACUUCUUUCAGAUAAAGGUGGACAUCCCGUCUGAAUGUCGGAUCUACCCAAUUGACUCUGAGGAUGAGGAAGAAGAUGGUCCAAAUGUGGCAAAGAGCACAGAGAAAGAAGUCAUCUGCCCCUGGGAGAACCUUGCAGAAGGAAAGGCUGGCUAAAGCAGAUGGAGAACACGGCGUCCAAGUACUGGAGAACACUGGAGUUGGUCCUCUGAGCCAGUCCUGCCUUCCCUGGUCUAAAUUUACAUUCCAAUAAACCAAAAAAGGUCUACAGAAUCACCGCUACUCCCUUGAACUCUUAGGAUUACUUGUACUGCAAUCUGUACUGCCUCAUAAAUUACAAAAAAGCAGAAUAGUACAGCAAGGGAGAAAGACUUCCAGUGUCUACUAUUACUUGUUAGUUUUUAUGUAAGUUUACUGACUGUGUAUAAGAAAUCUCGACAUCUGCUCUUCAAAUGUCUACCAAAGGUGACUGCCAUCUCUUGUGCCAAACACGACUAACUAACUAAAUGUUUACUUCAAAAGUUGCAGAAGAAAAACAAACUGGAGAAAAAAAAAAAAAAAUUGGACGUUUGCUUAUCUUUUCUGAUUUUGAGCAUUUGCAAUUGACACUUUUGUAAUGAUUGUAUCUACCAAAUGUUAAUUUUUUUAUUUCUUGAAAAUGGUUUAUUCUUGUGAAUAGAUACUGUACAAUAGUUGGUAUUGUUUAUACAUUCUUAUUUUUUAUACCGUUGUUUGCAUUAGUAUGGCAAGUAAUUGCAGGUUAUAUGCUUCACUUAGUUUUCUCGUAGGGGUGGGGGGAUAAAACCAGCCCCCAUUUUGACUGUCUGAAUGUAAAUGUGAACUGACGGAAGUGUCAUAGUAGACUGCACCAUAAUGGACACGUACACACAAUGUGUUUUAUGUGAGGUGUCGACUCCUGACCUUUAGAAGGUAAUUUUAAUAUCCCAGUUUGUGCAAGUGCCUACAUACAGUAUGUGUAAUAUGUAAAGACUUUACUGUGGAAAUUCUUUUCAUUAAGCAUUUGGGGCAGCUGAUUAAAUAGAUUCAUAUAUUAUAA